AUGACGGAGCAGAGACUGGGAAUGAUGGAGCAGAGACUGGGAAUGAUGGAGCAGAGACUGGGAAUGAUGGAGCAGAGACUGGGAGUAACGGAGCAGAGACUGGGAAUGAUGGAGCAGAGACUGGGAAUGAUGGAGCAGAGACUGGGAAUGAUGGAGCAGAGACUGGGAGUGACGGAGCAGAGACUGGGAAUGAUGGAGCAGAGACUGGGAGUGACGGAGCAGAGACUGGGAAUGAUGGAGCAGAGACUGGGAAUGAUGGAGCAGAGACUGGGAGUGACGGAGCAGAGACUGGGAAUGAUGGAGCAGAGACUGGGAGUGACGGAGCAGAGACUGGGAAUGACGGAGCAGAGACUGGGAGUGACGGAGCAGAGACUGGGAAUGACGGAGCAGAGACUGGGAAUGACGGAGCAGAGACUGGGAGUGACGGAGCAGAGGGACUUUGGUGUAGCUGUGCGAUGA